UCACAGAGUCACAAUACUAGUAUUCUCUUACUGCAAUUCUCUUUGCUGAGAAAAAUGGUGACAGAUCUUCGAACAGAUUCUUUGGAUUACCGCACAGAACUGUUGUCGCCGGACAUGACGGGCCAGGCUGUGGCACUGCCAAGUGAUUCGCCGGCAUGGCGGCUCAAUAUGGAUGCCGUCAAGCUUCCAGCUGAAAGAAACAAUUUGGAUCCUUUUUUUGGCUUUGGCUCUUAUGUUAAGUCAUUAAGGACUCGCAGAAAGGUUGCACAGUAUUACAGGAGGCAGAACAAGCUUUUGAAAGGUUUCAAUGAAUUAGACUCAUUUUCUGAAAUGGGUUUUUGGCCUGGAAGUUUAACAAAGGAUGAGAUGACACAGCUUGAAAGGAGUGAAAGGAUAGCAAUAUAUGCAUCAAAUGCGGCUAAUUUGGUGCUUUUCUUAGCAAAAGUGUAUGCUUCUAUUCAGAGCAAAUCUUUGGCAGUAAUAGCUUCAACUUUGGACUCCCUCUUAGACCUCUUGUCAGGGUUCAUCCUUUGGUUUACAGCUGCUGCAAUGAGGAAACCAAAUCAGUAUCGCUACCCGAUUGGCAAGACUAGGAUGCAACCUGUGGGAAUUGUUAUUUUUGCAUCAGUAAUGGCAACUCUUGGAUUGCAAAUAUUGUUCGAAUCAGGCCGACAACUUCUCAUGAAGGCUGAACCUGAUAAGGAUCCAGAGAAAGAAAAAUGGAUGAUAGGAAUUAUGGUAUCUGUCACAGUGAUCAAGUUUGUUCUAAUGGUCUACUGUCGAAGAUUCAAAAAUGAAAUUGUUCGAGCAUAUGCUCAAGAUCAUCUAUUUGAUGUCAUUACUAAUGGAAUUGGUCUUGCAUCAGCAGUGUUGGCUGUCAGAUUUUACUGGUGGAUAGAUCCAAUUGGAGCUAUCAUCAUUGCUUUGUAUACAAUGGGGAAUUGGUCAAAUACAGUGAUGGAGAAUGUCUGGUCACUAAUUGGGAAGACAGCACCAGCAGAGUACUUGGCCAAGUUAACAUAUCUAAGUUGGAACCAUGACAAGGAGAUCAAGCAUAUUGAGACAGUGAGAGCCUACACAUUUGGUGUCAACUAUUUUGUGGAGGUUGAUAUAGUGUUGCCUGGGGACAUGUCUCUCAGUGAUGCACAUAAUAUCGGAGAGGCACUCCAAGAAAAGCUUGAAAAUCUUCCUGAGGUUGAACGAGCUUUUGUUCAUGUGGAUGUCGACAUUACUCACAAGCCAGAGCACAAGCCAAAGGGAUGAAGAUGAAGAAAAUUGGGAUAAAGACUAGAACAUUUGCUAUAGUUGUGAGGUUAUUCUUUGGUGUUACUUUUUUCUUCUUUGUCACUCAAACUUGGCAUGAUUUGGUUGUAUAAGGCUUCAUUUCUUUUAU